GGGGCUGUGUGAGUGUGUGCGUGCGUGUGUGUGCGUGUCCUCCUGCUUUGUGCGUGAAUGUGUGCGUUGUGCGUCUGGCGGAGAGACUGCAGGAGCGGGAGAGACGCUCAACUUGCUCUGUUUCUACGCCACUUUGCCCUCUGUGUCUAUGUAUUCCCUCCACAUGGGACGCGGGCAUCUGGUGAGGUGACAUGCGAAGGGGUUUAAAGUAUGGCAUGCAGAGAUGUUUUCUUACAAGCAGAAGGACACGGUGACAGCGAUGAGACCCGCGUUUAUUCGGACUAUGUUCUACUUUUUGUGUUUGGCGACUUGUGCAAAGAAAAUUUCUGGACAGACAAGGAAGGAUGAAAGGAUCUAUCCUGAGAAUUUUACUUUCAUUUUAGACCGACUUCUUGACGGCUAUGACAACAGGCUGCGACCUGGAUUCGGGGCAGGUUCUGUGACUGAGGUAAAGACCGAUAUUUAUGUGACUAGUUUUGGGCCUGUCUCAGAUGUUGACAUGGAAUACACAAUGGACGUGUUCUUUCGACAGACGUGGGUGGACCAGCGGUUGAUGUACGAGGGGCCUAUAGAAAUUCUGAGGCUGAACAACCUGAUGGUGACUAAAGUGUGGACACCAGACACCUUCUUCAGGAAUGGCAAGAGGUCGGUCGCUCACAACAUGACAGCCCCAAACAAGCUUUUUCGCAUCAUGAAGAAUGGCACCAUUCUGUACACAAUGAGGUUGACUAUAAGUGCAGAGUGUCCCAUGAAGCUUGUGGACUUUCCAAUGGAUGGACAUUCGUGCCCCCUCAAGUUUGGAAGCUAUGCAUAUCCUCUAACAGAGAUGAUCUAUACCUGGACCAAGGGGCCUAAGCAUUCAGUGGAGGUCCCUCUUGAGUCAUCCAGCCUUGUUCAGUAUGAUCUCAUCGGCCAGACUGUCUCCAGUGAAACCAUUAAAUCCAUCACAGGUGAAUAUGUGGUGAUGACGGUCUUCUUCCACUUGAAACGUAAAAUGGGCUACUUCAUGAUUCAGACGUAUAUCCCCUGCAUAAUGACAGUAAUCCUUUCCCAAGUGUCCUUCUGGAUAAAUAAAGAAUCCGUCCCAGCACGAACAGUCUUUGGCAUCACAACUGUCCUGACCAUGACGACACUCAGUAUCAGUGCUCGCCACUCCCUUCCCAAGGUCUCAUACGCCACUGCUAUGGACUGGUUCAUCGCUGUCUGUUUUGCCUUCGUCUUCUCUGCCCUUAUUGAGUUUGCAGCUGUGAACUACUUCACCAACGCACAGAUCGAGCGGACCAAAAAGAAGCAAUCCAAAUGUCCUCAAGUGCCCAAAACAACGCCUCUCACGGUCAAGGACACAGACGACGUGCUGCAGCAGAAUCCUGACCCAAAUGGAAAUCUAAGGAAGCGAAUGAACUAUAUUUCCCAAGAGUCCAGCAGUAAACUCAAAGUUCAGUCUACCACAAACAUUUCAGGAGCUGGUAGGGCAAGACCACUGCAACCCUUGGCCAGUGGAGACAACAACAGAUCAUACACCCUCUUCUACUCCAGCCCUAAAUCAGAGAGCCUGCUCAGUCUAGCCUCCUCAUCUGCCCAGUUAGUGAAGAGUACACCGCAAGGUGCAGCUUCCACAACAGAAAUAAUGGCCGGGACACCAUGCAAGCAGAACGCUUGUUCCUCCUCUUUGCAACAUCUGCUAGCGCCUAAGCUGGAGCGCAUCCAGGUGAAAGGAAACAAAUUGGAGCAUAAGCAGACGCCAUGUUCCCAGCCCACUACUGCUGGUAUGGGUGAAACCAGCAAAAUUGACAAGUAUGCUCGGAUUCUUUUCCCAGUGUCCUUUGGAGCUUUUAAUAUGGUCUACUGGGUAGUUUACUUAUCAAAGGAUACAACGGUUGCUAAAGGUGGCUAGUUUCCUGUAGCAACAGGAGUGAAGUGGUCUCUUGUGACAGAUUGGAAGAAAAUAUCUAUUAUAGAAGUCACAAACAAUUAGAGGACAUUAUUUGUCUUGCUAACCAAAAAGAUAAAUUGUCCUCAGCCAGGAUUCCCUAUCUUGGACAACACAGAGUACAUUUAUAUUUCUUCCCAAGGUUUCCAAACAGUCAGCAUGGGAACAAGUAAAUGGAGCUGAAAACACCGGAUGCAGAAGAAGGAAAAGCACCUGAACACUGGAAUAUGCUUCUUUCCUCUUUAUAAUGUACUAUUUCUAAAUGUUUUCUUUGGAUUUAACUGCCUAAUGAUCUCAUUAUGGCAUGUCAUCACGAUGGAACAUAGGAUUUUAUCUUUCCUUUUUUUUGUACUGUGCAUUUUGGAAGCUGUUCAAAUGUGAGUACAGCUGUCCUAAAUGAACUGCACCAAUGCUAUGUAAAUAUAUAAAUAUAUAUUAGGAUAAAGAGAUUUAUAUUUCAGUGGUCUUGCAAUUGAAUAUUGAACAUUGAUACUUUGAUGACAAAAGGUCAAUUUAGGCUAAGUUAAAGGUUACAUAUUAUGUAGUAUUUCUCUAACACUAAUAUGUGUCCCUAGUUUGUCUACGAUCCCCCCAACUAAUGAGCAAAGUCCAUCCUCUCUGUCACUUACCUGCCACUCUUACAGAAAAUGUGUGCUCAA